AUCAAUUUAUUGAGUAUUCUCACUCUCGGGACUAUAUCAACGGUGACCGCCGCAGACAGAAACCCGCUCUCCUACGCGUCCAAACCGGCAGGCACCUACGUGCUCCCAAAGACCUCCAACAUGACAACCCUCCUGGACUUGAUCAAAUCCAGGAGUGACUUGACGACGCUAGCCAAGGUCCUCGACGGAUCCGCAGGCUUCACGGAGGCGUUCGACACCGUCCCUACCUGGGACUAUACCUUCUUCGCGCCCUCGAACGCCGCGUUUGAGAAACACACGGGACAGUACUUCAACACCUUUACGCCGACGCCAAAGGGCAAGUGGUGGCUCGGAAAUCUUGUGCAGCACCACUACGUGCCCAACUCGCAGCUGCUCACGAGUGUCUUCAAUGAGACUGCGACCAGGAUCCAGACGGGGUCGUACUUGUACAUUGGCACGCAGGUCAAGGAUGGACAGGUAUGGUUGAAUGAUGUUGUAGCGGUGACGGAGGGAGACUUGAGGGUUACCAAGGGCAUCGUUCACAUCAUCGAUCGCGUUCUUGAUCCGUCGGCUCAGCUCUUUGAGGCAGAUAAGCCCAAGGCGGGCCAGAAGUUCAUUGCUGGUAGCUGCUCAGACACGUCUCUGCCAUACUGUUAGACUCAACGAGAGACUGUGCACGAGAGUAUCCGAAGGUUGGCGGGUCUCACUAUAUUGGCCAGGCAAAUUGACACAGCAUAGCCUUGGAGCAGACAGUCUUCGUAUAACUCGUAAUGUCCAAAUCUGUUUAGUUGAAUUCGAAUUCACUCGCCGCUUAGGAUUACCUAGUUCUUCGUACCACAUAUGGGGGGUAGGUCGAUGGCACUCAAAUAAGGUUACCGAGAAGGUUCAAGAUUUGACUUUAUUCCCACUGGAAUGUGCAAACUCAGGAC